UGCAUAACCUAAAAAUUUGUUGAUUUCAAAGAUUACAUUAACAAUAACAAUUAAUACGCCUUUUAAUGGCAAUUCAUCUUUACGGAAAUAAUCGUUUAUUUAAUCGCAAUUUUUUACAAAAUGAAUGCAAAAGCGGACGUCUAUCACCAAUAUCUAUACAUAAUAUUUGUCGUAUCACUUUAUUGGAUAGUUUCCAUAUUAAUGGUAUUUCUAAAUAAGAUUUUACUAUCCAGUGAUAAAAUUCAUCUCAACGCCCCAUUAUUUAUUACCUGGUUUCAAUGCAUAACAUGCGUGGGAAUCUGUAGAUUAUUGAAAGGACUCUCUAAUGUCUGUCCAAGAUAUUUUUAUUUUCCAGAAGGGAAUCCCUUCUCCUAUAAAAUUGUUAAAACGAUUUUACCAUUGUCAAUAUUGUUUACAGGAAUGAUAGCGAGUAAUAACUUGUGCUUAAAAUACGUUGGCGUUGCAUUUUAUUAUAUCGGACGAUCUCUUACCACUGUGUUUAAUGUCAUUUUUACGUACGCAAUUUUAGGGGAAAAAACGUCGCUGAGAAUCAUAAUAUGCUGUGCCCUCAUUAUUUUUGGAUUUUGGUUGGGCAUCGACCAAGAGAAUUUAAUUGGUUCGUUAUCGAUAUUGGGAACUUUUUUUGGAGUUCUUGGAUCCUUAACACUUUCGUUGUAUUCCAUUCAAACGAAGAAAGUACUUCCUACAGUCAACGAGGAAAUUUGGCUGCUUUCAUAUUACAAUAAUGUUUAUAGUAUUAUUCUAUUUAUUCCAUUGCUAUUGUUAAAUGGAGAAUUUCAAGUUGUAUAUAAUUAUGAUAAAAUAUGCGAUCUGGACUUUUGGGCAGCUAUGGUUAUCAGUGGAAUGUGUGGCUUUGCAAUUGGUUACGUUACUAUGCUACAGAUUAAGGUCACGUCACCACUUACGCACAAUGUUAGCGGUACUGCGAAGGCGUGUGUGCAAACUGUUCUAGCGACUCACUGGUACGACGAGGAUAAACCAGUUUUAUGGUGGCUGAGCAACGCUAUUAUUUUGUCGGCUAGUGCAGCGUAUGCAAGGAUAAAGCAACUCAAUAUGUAAGAUAUUCAUAUUGAAUAUUUUCUCGAAGCAAUACGACACGAUUGAGACACGAGUGCUUGCCAAAACUUAGCGACAUUAUGAUAAAUA